GCGGCAGCGGCGCCGGGACGCGAGCGGCACCGGGACCGGAGCGGCAGCAUGGGCAAGUCGGAUUUCCUCAGCCCCAAGGCCAUCGCCAACCGCAUCAAGUCCAAAGGGCUGCAGAAGCUGCGCUGGUACUGCCAGAUGUGCCAGAAGCAGUGCCGCGAUGAGAAUGGCUUCAAGUGUCACUGCAUGUCUGAGUCCCACCAGAGGCAGUUGCUGCUGGCUUCUGAAAAUCCUCAGCAAUUCAUGGAUUACUUCUCUGAGGAAUUCCGAAAUGAUUUCCUAGAAUUGCUCCGGAGGAGAUUUGGAACAAAGAGAGUGCACAAUAAUAUUGUGUACAAUGAAUACAUCAGCCAUCGAGAACACAUCCACAUGAAUGCCACACAAUGGGAGACACUGACUGAUUUUACAAAAUGGCUGGGGAGAGAAGGUCUUUGCAAGGUUGAUGAGACCCCUAAAGGCUGGUACAUUCAGUACAUCGACAGGGACCCAGAGACCAUUCGCAGGCAGCAGGAACAAGAGAGGAAAAAGAAACAGGACCUUGAUGAUGAGGAAAAAACUGCCAAAUUCAUUGAGCAGCAAGUUAGAAGAGGUUUGGAGGGGAAAGAACUGGAAAUGCCAGUCUAUACUGAACUAAAUAGAGAAAAUGAAGAAGAAAAAGUUACAUUUAAUUUAAACAAAGGAGCAAGUACUUCAGUCGCAGCAUCUUCUAAAACAAGCAGUGUCCUUGGACAGAAUGCACUGAAGAUGGUGGAGGGGGCAGUUAAAAGAAAAGAAGUAGCUCAUAGCUCUGGUCAGUCCAAAGAGAAAAAGAAGAAAUCUGCACUGGAUGAGAUCAUGGAGCUUGAAGAGGAGAAGAAAAGAACAUCUCGAAGAGACUACUGGUUACAGCCUGAAAUUAUUGUAAAAAUUGUAACAAAAAAGCUUGGCGAGAAGUACCACAAGAAGAAGGCAGUUGUUAAGGAAGUGAUUGACAAAUACACAGCAGUUGUGAAGGUGAUUGACUCUGGGGACAAACUGAAGCUUGAUCAGACACAUCUGGAGACUGUAAUACCAGCACCAGGCAAGAAAGUGAUGGUAUUAAAUGGUGGGUACAGGGGAAAUGAAGGUAUUUUGGAGUCCAUCAAUGAGAAGAGGUUUUCAGUGACAAUAACAAUUGACUCAGGACCUUUAAAAGGGCGCAGAGUCGAAGAUAUCCAGUAUGAAGAUGUUUCCAAACUUGCCUGAGGUGCUAAAUCGUUCAUCAGAGAAGAUUUUGGUUCUCAAAACCUUCUUUCUGACAUCUUUCAAGCAGACACAAGACUCUACCAUGUCAGGGUUUUAAUUGUGUGUAUAUGUAUUUAUAAUGUAUAUAGACAUUAACAACAGCAAACUUGAUUUAUUUAAAGAUAGCUAUUGAUUUUUUUGUUACAUAAAAUGUUUAUGGAAAUACUAUCAGUGGAAAUUUUUCAUCUGAUUUUAUAUCAAAGUUAUAAUAUUUGCUUCUAUUUCCUUUUGUAAAUUGUAGCAGAGAUCUGCAAAGUGGAGUAUGUGGGCAGGUUCUGAAAACAAUUACCUACAGGGAGGCAGUGUGUGUCGGAGCCAGUGGAGUUUAAACAACACACUUUGCAAUCCAGAGCCAAAAUGGACUUCUGAGUGCAUGAACAAGGCAUGGGAUCUAGGGAAUAGCAGGAAGAUUCCAGUGCUGCAAGGGGUUAUUUCCUGGAUGCUGUAAGAAUGCUCUGGUUUAUUAUGUGCAGUCACCAGUUUAUUUUUGAUCAGCACAGCAGUGAUAGUAGAAUGCGAGUCAUUACUCCUCCAGCAGGUUUGUCAGGGCUCCUGAUAACACUGAUAUGGGAUUUAUCUUCAUAUGGACUCUGUAUGGAGCUGCUCCAUGGAUGGUACUUGUGGAGUGGCUCGGGGUGCUAGCUGAAGCUCGUGCAGAUAUGAAUUGGGGGUUGCUCCUUUGGUUUUCCAAAGCCUUUUCCUUUCUUCCAUUGUUGCUCUGCUACAUGAGUAAUGUUACUCGUGCUAAAUGAUACAGCAUUACUCAUUUUAUUUUUUUAAAAGUGUCACAUUUUGUACAAUGUUUUAAUUUCUAAGGCACUUCAGGAAUAAACAAAAACCUUUCUUAGGCCAGUGUGUUUCUUACCAGCCUUUCCAAUGCUGUUGGUUUAAGUUCACCAAAGAGCACAGUGAAGUGUGGGUUGGUGCACCACAUUAUUUGGGUCAAAAAACCAUGUGGGUGGUCCUGGGCAAACUAAAACCCAUCACCUGAAGGUUGUGUGUCUCUGGAACCUUUUCCCUUUCCUUGCCUCAGAAGGUUGAUUUGUUGUUUCCAGGGGAAGCCUGCACAAACCUGGAAGUCAGCAGAGGUUUAAUGGAACAGCUGCUGUCCGAGGUAGCCUGGAACAGCCUCCCACAGGACAUCAGCUGUCCUUUCAAGCAUAAAGAGUGUAGAUUUAUGAGAACUGGAGGCACAGAACACUUGUUUGUAAAUUCAGGCUCUUUGUGCAGCCUGGGCUGUGUAAACAGCACUGCCCUCUCCCAAAGAACAGGUAGUGAGGGAGAGGAAGUUUGUGGGAGGGUAAUGAGGGCAAGUGACAGAGCAGAGCAGCUUCUGUAUCACUGAAAAUAAUUACACUUGACAUUCUGCAGCCUGAUGAAUUAGAGUAAAUACAGUAGACAAGUUGUAAGUUGUGUAGAGAAGACCAGAGCAUGGUAUCUCACUGAAGUGGCUGCUGCAGGAUGGUGUGGAGGCCAGAACCGAUGGGUGAGUUGAAAGAAGCAAUAAAUGAUUUGUAGGAAGUUGCUGACACUUCCAAGAGGAACUUUGAAAAGACAUUUCAAAACCACAUUUAUCCUGACACAGCUGCAAGAAAGAUCCUGUACCAGCUUUUAGUGCCUAAGUGAAGGAAACCAAAGUUGGGAAGGGCAAGGAGACUACUUGAGUUCCUUUCCUAAAUUAGGGCUGCUGAAAAGGAUAAGGCCAAUGGGUUUUAACAAGGUGUACAAAAAGAGUUUUAAAUCCAGCUUUUGGUACACACAUAAGUGUAUUUGUUUCACUACUGAUCUCAUUCAUUGCUGAAUGCUCCUGAAAAGUAAGUGAUCUUUUGGGAGCUAAGCCUCCUGGAAGGGAAACUUUUAAUACUUAUGAUUAUUUCUAUUUAGUGUGAAUGUUUUCUGCUUUCAAGGAUUUGUAUCUGUGUGAAGCCCCAUUCUGAUGUUGAAUUUUCACAAAAGGGCUGGAGGCUGUCUGAGAC